GCAUUUGGCAUCAAAUAUUUAGAUUUCAGAAAGUGUGUACUUCUUGUUAACUGAAUCAUUUAUAUUUCUUCUACAAUCAUGUCAUCAUCUGAAAGUGAAAUAUCAAGGAAGCGUAAAUAUGGUAAAACAUACACUAGUUCAUCAUCUGACCAUGAAAUAUCAAGAAAGCGUAAACAUGGUAAAACAUACUCUAGUUCACCAUGUUCAUCAUCUGACUCUGAAUCUACUGAUGAUAGUACAAGUCAUCCAACUAAAAAGCCCUCAACUUUAUCAUCAGCAUGGACAAUUGAAGAUCUUAACCUACAGUCUGUUUUCUUUGCUGCUGAAAAUUUGCCAAUGGAAACUUUGAUUAGCCUUUUGAAAAAAAGACGAGAUUUAGAGGAUGUACCAAAAAUAGUCAAUACGUUGAUUGGAUUUACUAAAGAAUGUCUAAACUUUACAAUUGAUGAGAGUAUGUGGCAAAUGUGUGAUUUAACAGUUAGACCAGAACAAGAGAAAGGAAUUGAGACUCUGAUCAAUGCAAAAAAACACGUUAGAAUCUUUGCUAAUAAGAUACGAUCUGAAGAAGCACAACUUUUGGAUGAAGAACCAAUUAAUAGAGAAUUAUUUGAAAGAUGGUACUGCAAAGUGGUGGAUUUUAUAGAUCAGGCAAUCCAGUUGCUAAACUUGUUGAUUAAUGAGGCUUUGGACAACAUUGAACAUAAAAAGAAAACUAGCCAACUCCAUAUUAAAGAAGGCUCAUUCACUUAUCUUUUAAUGAAGUUUACAGAAAUAUGCUUUCUUAGUCCAGAACCUGGCAUAGGAGCUAGAACUGACUUGUGGAUUAGAAAUAAAAGAGUUGGAUGCCUUCCUAACAUUCGUUACUGGCAGCAGACAUCAAUGCCAAGCAGAAACAUAUUGAUAAUGUUAGCAGAAGUGAAAACUGCAGCAUUUAGGAACUCAGAACAUACUGAGGAGAGUGAAGUCAGUAAAAGUGAAGAUACAAUUUCAGCAUGUACAAUUGAAAAUACCACAUCUUCAAGUGAUGAAAAAAAGCCAAACAAAGCACCAUGGAUUCACAGUAAAGUUCAACCUGAUGUUCUAGCUCAGCUUGGAUGUGAAAUGCUUGCUGAAUGCCACAACUCAAUAUUUGUACCUGAAAUUCUAGGCAUCAUGUGCAUGAAAACCAAGGUUAUCUUCAACUACCUCCAGCUUUCAAACAAACAUUUUAUGGCUAUAAAAAGAUCUGAAGAUAUAGUAAAUAUGCGAUCACAUAUACAAUACACACAAUUAUUUGAUAUAAUGAAAGCAGACCAUAGGAAUGAACUUUUGGAUUUAUUAUUCUGGUUAGGAUGUGUACAGAAAAAAGGAUUACAAAACCAUUAUAUUCUGAGCUAAUAAACAUGAUAAAAGCAAAGGAAAUCUGAAUCUCUCUUGCAACAAUCAUCACAAAUGGCAAGUUUUAUUGACCAUGUUGUUGGUGGAACGGUGUUUUCUUAAAACUUUGUUCCAAAUUAUCUUACUCAUUGGAAUGAAAAGAAAUACAGAAAAAGACAAUACCUUUGACAUGUUGGAGUCACUGUUUCGACUUUAUUUGCCUGAAAAAUACAAGGAGGAGAAAGAUCUGUUUAGUAAACUGUGUACAGAAAAAAGGAUUGCAAACCCAUUAUAUUAAUAGCUAAUACAGGCAAAGGAAAUUUUAAUCUCACUUGCAACAAUCAUCCCAAACGAAAUUGUCCUUUUAUACAAGCCUGACAAGUUGUAUUGACUGUUGAAUGGUGUUUUCUUAAAACUUUGUUCCAACUCAUCUUAUUCAUUGGAACUAUAGGGAAGUAAAAGAAAUUUGAAAAGACAAUAUCUUUCACAAAUUUUAGUAACUGUUUCGACUGUAUUUACCUGAAAAUUAUUAGAAGGAGAAAGAUUUGUUUAAAAAACUUUGUACAGAAAAAAUUAUUACAAAACCAUUAUAUUCUGAGCUAAAAGAGACAAAGGAAAUUUAAAUCUCACUUGCAACAAUUAUCACACAUAAAAUUGUCCUCACAAGCAUGACAAGUAUUAUGGACAGUGUCCCAUAGAAUAGUGUUUUACUAAAACUUGUUCCCAUUUAUCUUAAGUUUACUCAUUGGAACUAAAGGAAAUAAAGAAAACUGAAAAGACAAUAUCUUUGAGUCACUGUUUUUCACUUGAUUUUGCUGAAAAAUAUAAGAAGCAAAAAGGUUUGUUUAAUAAACUUAUUUCAAAACCAA